GGAACAUUCUCGAUAACGAUAAACUCGUUCACCCCACUAUAAUCGCGGGGCAAUACCAAACUCAGAGCUCGUCUUCCUACAUAUGUACCUCUAGUAGCAUUCCUUCACCUCUCUCAAUUCUUCAAUGUUACAUACAUGUAAUUGAGAACCUUGGAAACAGUGAAAUAAUUGGCACAAGAUUAAGCCGCAAUGCCUUUAGAUUAUAGCAAAUGGGACGCCUUGGAGCUCAGUGAUGACUCCGAUGUUGAAGUCCACCCAAAUGUCGACAAGCGUUCCUUCAUUCGUGCCAAGCAGAACCAGAUUCAUAUGGAACGCCAGCAGCGUAAACAUCAGAUCGAGACCCUGAAGUACGAACGCCAGAUCAAUGAUGGGUUACUGAAGAGAAUAUCGAGCCUUCUCAACGCCCUCAAAGCUCACGCUGCUGAGGCCGAGACCCGAAACCCAGCCGAGGUUGCUUUCCAGGCUGUAAUGGAAUCCGCUGGCAAUCCAGAUGACGACAAACCACCUCCGAGGCCUGAAGGCGUCCACGCUAAUGUAGAGCAGCCCCCUUCGUACACCAAGAUGAUGGCGACUCUGUUGGACCAGGUAAACAAGGAGCUCGACGAGAAAAAGCCCGAAAAUCGCUACAAUGCCAUGAUCGAAGAAAUCGGUAUACAUCUAAAGCAAGUUCAAGAUCUACAACAAGAGCUACUCAAGAAGUUGGCAGAAUUGGAGAAGGAGGAAGGUCGCAAGAUUACGAGCGAGAACCUCCAUACAGGAUUUGACAGUUCACAAAUCAACAAGUCCACUGCGUCUACCUCUGGAACGAAGGCGGCAGACAACACCAAGGUGGAGCUUCUUAACCCUGGUUCCGCAUUGUCUAAACCGAAUGAUUCGGAUACAACCGUUGCAGCAGAUGGUGACGAUGAUGAUGAAGUUGAAGCUUCCCCAGACGCCCGCAAAUUCGCCAACAUCAAAAUAAACAACUUGCGGGAAAGCAAUGCAUUCCUUGGCUUGCACCCGCAUAUCCUCACCGAGAAGGAAACCGAUGGUCUUUUAAUCAUGGCCUUCGAUGCCCAGCUUGAUGGAAAGGAGGAUUUUGCCCGACAGUGUGUUCAUCAGGCCUUACUUAUACAGUACUGCCGUGUGUUAGGCAAGGAUGGUGUUGCGGUCUUUUUCAAGUGCAUCACCACCAAGGGUCAUAAGGCUCAAGAAGUUUUCUACAGCGACGUGCAAGAAAGAUACUAUAAGAUCAAGAAUCGCGUCGCUGAGAUAAACGCCCAACGAGAGGCCGAGGGCGAGUCUGGCGGGGGAGUGGAGCAAAUACAGCUGCACGCCGUCGAGCCAGGCACCGAGAUCAAGAUUAAGAUCCCACCCAAAGACAGCGAGGAUGAGGGUGAAAAGAGAGGCCGCGAAAUCUUUGAUGGAUUCUCCCCAGAGAUGCAAAAGGCUUUAGAGUCGGGCAGCUUGGAUAAGGUCAACGAAGUGCUUGGCAAGAUGAACGUCACAGAAGCCGAAGAUAUAGUUGGCCUCCUAAGUGAGGCCGGUGUCUUGAGCUUGGAGGAACAGUUGAUCGAUGCUACUACGGAAGAGGGCCAGAAGCUUCUCAAAGAGAUGGAAGAGAAAGCUGCGUCGGAGUCAUAUGCGGAUGAUCCAGAGUAGUUGACGUCUUUUGUGACUAACACAUCAUUGAUACCUACCUAUAUGCCGUGGCCUCGGCGAACUUCUUCACUGGUGUAAUAAGGGAUUAAUACAUGCUCAUGCUCUUUUACCAUUGCAUUAACCCAGAAAUUCAAAAUUUACCAGGACACGAGAGAGAUAAUGCUACUAGACUUAAUCAUGGGCUAUUCUCUUAAUGUGCCUUUAACCCACUAACC